CCGUGCUCUUAUUCUGGUCAUCGCCCGUCGUUUGAUCGUCUCCAUCAGAAACCACCGCCGCCACUCCCUCAACCUCGAUGCGUCCGCCGUCUCGGUGAAUCACCGCUUCUUUUCGCAAAACCAUUCUCCGUCAUCACCCAUCGGCCAACGAGAACCCUUCCCCCCUGCAGGCAACGAACAUAGUCAGGAAUCAACGGCCGGCUUGGCUCGCUGUAGAGCGCUGGAGCUUGCUUGUUUUGCUACAUCCAAAACCACACAGCUCGAUCACAGAGGAAGAUCGCUCGUGUGCUCUCUGUCUCCUGGCCUCAUCGCUGAAAUACACCUCCAUCCCGCUGCCCUCUGCUACCGGGCCGUCGAAUACGGGCUGUGGAAGAACGCACGUGUGAUUAUGAGCUGACGAGAGCUCAACUUCCACAGAGAGAGAGAUAGCUACAGCGAGGGAGAGAGAGUGAGAGAACGAAAGAACGAAAGAGAGCGCAGCACCGUAGCUGCUUUGAGGCCUGACACUUGUUCCCGCCUCCGCGUUCGCUAUUCUCGCGUGCCAGCCCCCUUGUUUGGGCUUCUUUAGUGCUCGUUACAUUUGGCGCCACGUAUUAACCGCUUAGCUCCUUAGCCCUAAGCGCUUCACUGACAUCACCGCCCGCGCCCGUCAAGAUAAACAGCCCAGCAGGUGCCCGCUGCGCAACCCUUUUCUCUCAAUUGACUUUCAACUCCAAGAUAAUAAUAAUAAACGAGCACAACAGGACAGCCCUCUGAUCCCCGGCAUCACACACUGCAAUCCUGACAUGCUACAUCUAUUUGAAUCACACCAACAACCAGUCGCUGAAUCCAAGAUGGAGUCCUCACAGCUUACGUUCGGGUCGAGUUCUGUCCCUGAAUCUCCAUUGUCCACUCUUUCGUCCACGCCCGGUUCACCCGUCGCAUCUCUCUUCUCCGCGAGAACGCACACAAGAUUCCCUAGCUCUGUAUCGUCGGUCGCUUCUUCGCCAAUUAUUGGAUGCCCUGGAGAUACGUGCCCCCCAACCAAACUGGAGGGAGUCCAGGAAGAGCCUGUGGAACCGGACUAUGGUAUCGUGGAUGCGGACAAUUACUUUCCGGAUUUUAACGAUAUCCAUGCCGAUGAUCAAGUUUACAACAAUGGACGCGGUUGCGCCGAACAUGGCUAUGACCUAUCUGACGAACUUGCCGACCUGACCCGAUCGCCAAAGAAGCUAAGACCGGACAGCAGUUCCUUUCGUGGAAUUUCACGCAUCAGUAGCCGCAUCUCAUCAAUCUCUUCGAGGUGGAAACAGAGACAGGUUUCCGAUACUGCGGCUGCGCUGGAAAAAUAUGACGAGUCGCUGAGGUCGCGAGCCAACUCUGCCACCUCUGCCCUUGCAAAUCCCUUGGCCAGUUCGUUCUCUGCAAGACAUAGCCAAAUCUCGAAUUCACCCGCGAGAACUAUCCUUGAAGAGAGUCUGAGUGAAGCUGGUAUCUCGCUCAUUGACAUUGAAAAGGCCAACCGCGAAGGUGUUAAACGCGAGCCGCAAGUAACCACUCCUCUCCUACCGCCUGUGAUGAUGGAUCUGCCCACUCCGGACAAUGAGGAACUGGUUCAGUCACCCUUACAAUCGCCAACUGUCGCUGAAGCUACACAUGUUAUCCUUCCAGACUCACCCAUUGAGGUACCACAUUCGAAUGGGUUAUUAUCUCCGCCUCUGUCUACGCAACCCUCCCUAGCUUCCAUUGGUCUACAGAUUCCGUUCCCACGGAUGCACGGUCCGGAAAUUCCUCCUAUCACGAUGCUAAACGCGGAAGAUGAAUGGUCCUGUAAGCUUGGCCACGCGAAUUUCACGAUACAUCCAAAGCCUUACAUACCCGAACUCUGCACUUUAGACGCGUUCGAAGUACAUCGGGCGAAUUGGAGUCUUGCGCGCUGUAAUUACGCAAAACAUCUCGUCCGGACCGGCGAGCACUACGGGGUAACGUCCAAUAUCUACCGCUUUACGGAGGAAAAAUGGGAGUUCAUCGACAGCCAGUGGAGAGCCAACCACAAUAUCGUGCUUGCCAAUCUCACCGAUUGCAAUGGCAAUCCGCUCUCUCUCAGCAAAUCAAACGCUCAUCCUGGAGAAUCUGUCAAAAUGCCUCCUUAUCUUGACAAGACCAAAUUCCCAGACCUUGGGGAUGAGGAUAUUGUUGGACCCAUGUCAGUUGCUCCCGCGCAACCGCAACCACCAGCUCAGGCCAAGUCGCUACGCAAAAGAUCCUUCUUCAGAUUUUUACAGGACCUAUUUUCUUCCCGCGAUUCAACGUGA